AUGAAAGUUGAUUGAUUGAUUGAUUGAUUGAUUGAUUGAAUUGUAAUGAAGAAGUGGGUGGAGGAGAGAAGAUUUUUUUAAAAGCAGCACUUUGCAGCUGGAGCUUUAAGGUUGAUGCAAAGGUUGACAUUCUAAUGUUAAAAUUGCUAAAUUUGGUAAUGCUGAGAAACAGUAACAGAGUCAAUGCCCUCUUCUCCCAAAUAAUUUUUUCAAGACUUCGGGAUUCCACAACCAAUCAUCUGUCUUUUGCCUCACACUGCUUUUCUGAUUGAUUUAAAGAGGCAUUCAAUAGUAACGUGGACUGGAAAGGUCUGCAUUGUUAUGUUUUUCAGCAGGGAAAACGUCCAUUUUUAGAAAUGCUAUUGUUUUGUAAAUUAACUCAUAACCUACAGUGCAGACCUAUGCAUUCCUGCUUGGCAGUAAGCUUCACUGAGUUCAAUGGGACUUCCUCCCAGGAAAGUAUAUAUAAUCUAGUGAGUGAUUACAGAUCAGAUUCAGCAGAUGAAAUGGAUACAUUACUAAUUAACCGUGCAAUCUAUACAUAUCUAUUCAGAAGGAAGUUCCACGGAGUUCAAUAGAACUUACUCCCAGACAUGGAUCCUGAGGAUGCUGAAGAAUUGGCAGCUGAGUUGCACGGAAAGCCUGUGGAUGUCUGGGACCUCUUGCAAAUUGCAGCAGGCACUGGCUUGACCGCCUAUGUUGUGUGGGCUGGAAUUCUCAUGCCAGGAUUCCGCAAAGUGCCUUUAAAAUUACAGGUGCCGUAUGUCCCAGCAAAUGCCAAUCAAGUGGAGAAUGUGAUGUCGCUGCUGAAAGGACGCUCUGGGAAGAUGGUGGAUUUAGGGUCAGGCGAUGGCAGAAUUGUGCUAGAGGCUUACAAGCAAGGUUUCAGACCCGCUGUUGGCUAUGAGCUCAAUCCAUGGCUGUUACGACUUUCAAGCUAUCGUGCCUGGAAGGCCGGCUGCUAUGGAAAAGUUUCUUACUGUCGGGACGAUCUUUGGAAGGUGGAUCUGUCAGAUUGUAAGAAUGUCACUGUGUUCUUGGCACCUAGCGUGUUGCAGCUUCUGGAAAAGAAGCUGCUUGUGGAACUUCCGGAUGAGGCCCGUGUGGUGGCUGGACGCUUCCCCCUCCCCAACUGGACACCCACCAGCAUGGCUGGGGAAGGUUUGAACCGAGCCUGGGCCUACGACAUCAAGACUGUACGGCAAUCCGAGCAGGACAGACCAGAGGGAAGCCCGGUAUAAGAACGUGUCCUCUAGGAAACAAGCAGGCACCUUUGCAAGACGGUCAAGGGCUGUUUCCAGUGGCUCAGAGAGUGAAAUCUGCUUCUUUCCAAUUGCUGGCCUUGACAGCCCUUUAUAAGCACUGGGGUGUGGGAGGGAGGGAAGAAGGCAGGAACAAUGAGAUGAUUUGUCAAGGGAAAUCACAUGGUUUCCGUAACUCCUCCCCUGAAUCCUGCUAAUUCUGGAAACUCAUUAGAACCUUUGCCGCAGGAUGGGACAGGUUUGUCUCUUCAUUGUGGAGUAGUGUGUAUAUUUAUUUAUUUUUUUGUAAUGAACUUUCACAGCACUUAUUUUUUUUACUCAUCUCA